GAGACUACACGCGUCUAUUUUACAGACUUUAAAUCCAAUAAUACUUUUAAAAUGCCGUCUUGUGUUAUGAGAUACUGUAGGAGCCAUUCAAGAAAAUCGAACAGAGGUAGUGGAGUAUCAUUUCAUCGGUUCCUCAAACCGGAUCAGAAGAAUAGAGAUUUAUGGAUACAAUUCGUUCGAAAUGACAGAAGAGAAGAGACGUGGUAUCCAUCGGAUCAUUCCUGUGUUUGCUCGUUACAUUUCAAAGAAGAAGACAAAUACGUAUCGGAUAAUGGAAGGAUAUUUUUAAAACCCAAUGCUGUACCAAGCUUAAACUCCAAUCCAGUGAAGCCAGAAUUUGUCAAUCGCGAUCCUGUUACAAUACCAAAUGCAGAUCCAAACGUUAUACACGUUCCUGAGUCAAUAACGGAUCCAUUAGCCGAGUCCUUGGAGCCAUUAGUCGAACCAGAAGUUAGUAAUGCAGUCACCUCCGCGGAAUUCUAUUUGAGAAAACGUUUGUUCACCGAAAUGAAAGCAAAGAAACAUCUUUCGAACAGCCUGAAGCAAGUUCGACGCCAAAACAGAUACUUGACCGAAAAAUGUAAAACAUACCAGCAGAUGAUAGAGACUUUGAAACAAGAGAUCGAAAUGAAAUACGCUAAUAUGACGGUCAAACCAGAACCCGCCGACGACUAACGCAGACGUAUGACGAAAAAUCGAUACGUUUUCAAUUCGAUGUCUCAAUUCGAUAAGAGGAAAACAAAGAACGUAGGUAAUCGAAAACAACGCGUAUCGAAUGGGUACUAUUUACGUAAUAAAUCGCAUCAUUUGUCGCCGCACUAAUGUUGGCUGUUUAUUGAACAAAUUGCCCGGGGCCAGAUCAGCGCUGACGUUUAAAUCAUUCUUAAUGGAGCACGUUUCCAAAAGCAACGCGUAGAGAUCUGUACCACAGACUUGAGAAUGUCGAGUAAUUCUCAGAAAUAAAAAAUUGACAUUUUUAUAAGGAUGCACUAUUAAAAACUCAAAUAAAUUUGAUCUA